AUGAAAGACCAAAUGCCAAUCCAGUCUCCUAGUCGUCUGUUCAGUAAGGCAAAGCCUUUCCUGGCUGUGAUCUUCCUGCAGUUGGGCCUUGCAGGGAUGGCUAUCAUAGCUAAGCUUGCUUUGGACGAGGGACUUAACCAUUACACCUUUGUUGUUUACCGUAACUUUAUAGCCACUUGUGUUAUCAGCCCUUUUGCCAUCACCCUGGAGAGGAAAGUGAGGCCCAAGAUGACAUUCACAAUCUUUGCCAAGAUAGCAUUACUGGGCUUAUUAGAGCCGGUGAUCGAUCAAAACCUGUAUUACUCAGGAAUGAGAAUUACGUCAGCCACAUUUACAACUGCUAUGUGCAAUAUUCUUCCUGCCCUAACCUUUUUGAUGGCUUUCAUUUGCAGGCUUGAGAAGGUGAAGAUUAAGAAGGUGCGUAGCCAAGCGAAGGUAGUGGGAACUUUGGUGACAGUUGGAGGAGCGAUGCUGAUGACAUUAAUCAAAGGCCCCGUUAUAAACCUGCCGUGGACGAAAGGAAGAGUUAACAAUCAUGGAAACCAAACAACUCCAAUCCAUCAAGAUCCGAUCAAAGGCUCUCUUAUGAUCGCAGCCGGUUGCUUCUGCUGGUCUUGUUUCAUUAUUUUGCAAGCUAUCACACUGAGGGAAUAUCCGGCGGAGCUCACUCUCACAGCUUUGAUAUGCCUCAUGGGAGCUGCAGAGGGUGCUGUGGUGGCGCUUGCGCUGCAGUGGGGAAAGAGCAGCAUCUGGUCCAUACACUGGGAUGCCAAAUUCCUAGCUGCUCUCUAUGGUGGAAUAGUGUGUUCGGGAGUUUCUUAUUACAUACAAGCAGUGAUAAUAAAGAAAAGAGGUCCGGUUUUCGUAACCGCUUUCAGUCCCUUAUGCAUGAUAAUAGUGGCCAUUCUGGGCUCCUUCAUCUUAGCGGAACAGAUGUUUGUGGGAAGUGUAAUCGGAGCAAUCGUCAUAGUUGUUGGUCUGUACCUUGUUGUGUGGGGUAAAAUCAAGGAUCACGUGCCCUCCUCCCCGGCGGACAACGAACUAAUACCAGUAACACCAGUUGAUGAUAAGAUCCAGAUGAAAACCGGUUCGAUCAGCGAUGGCGUCGAUAGGAAGGAGAAUGAGAAACCAGAUCAUCAUGAAUUUGUGGCAAUCGGCGUUGCAGCUGCAUGAGAUUAAUUGAUUAGUACUAUCCUGAUCAUCGGUGAUGAAGACUCAUGAGUUGGUCGCAUUCGCGGGGCAACACCUGAAGAUGAGCCUCUGCAGUGCAGGUUACACCAAUGUUCCAGACCAUCCAUCAAGUUUCAUCAUGUACGCAUUAUUUUUCCUUUUGUAAUUUCCCUAAAAAUUGUCGUGGAGAUGCAGAAUCCAAGUUUGGCCUCUCCAUCAAGUUUCAUCAUGUACGCAUUACACCUUCAAACAAUUUCUUUUCUUGCUUGAAAUCUGUGUAGAAGUAGAUGCUAGAUAAUGGUCCAACCAUCCAAUUUAUGGCAAACUCUC